AUGGAGAUUUCAGAGAGAAUGAAAUUGGGAGAUAAUUCAAGCAUGGACGUGAUGGGUAAAGGCAUAUUUUAUGUUCUUGGAUUGCAAAAUAGUUUGAUAAGCAUUGGGCAGCUAGCUGACAAGGGACUUAAAAUUCUCAUACAAAGAGGAUCAUGCAAAAUUUAUCAUCUUGAGAAGGGUUUAAUAAUGGAGGUUACAAUGUCCUUGAAUCGAAUGUUCAAACUGUUUGCUCAUACACAACCAAAGGAGGAAGCUUGUUUUCAUUCUUUCAUGGAAGAUCUAGCCCAACUUUGGCACUGCAGAUACAAUCAUCUAAGCUUUAAUGGUCCGAAAAUUCUUCAACAAAAGGAGAUGGUAAGAGGACUGCCUUGUCUUGAUACCUCGUCGAAGGCAUGUGAGGAUUGCUUGGUGGGAAAGCAACGGAGAGAUCCAUUUCCCAGAGAAAGCACAUGGAGAGCUUAUCAAAUUCUUGAGCUGGUGCAUGCUGAUACUGACAGGACCUGCCUCGAAUUUCCUCGGAAACCGGGACGGACCCUACCUAAUUACCGACAUCACCCCGAUGCCGGGCCCACUUACUAA